GAAGCCAUUCUUCCAGCUAUGCACAACCGGCACACCUGUAGAGGGUACAGUGGCCGUUUUUGUUAGUGGCCACAAAGAAAUGGAGGAUUUGCUCAGCACGAGCACACAUUUUCACAUUGAUGGUCAUUUCAAAAUGACCCCUAAUGUGAAAGAUUGUUACCAAUUGGUAACAAUCAUGGCAGUGGCGUACGAUGAGGUUUUCCCUGUCGUGUCGGCCCUAAUGACCCGGAAAACAACUGCAGCGUACAAGCUGUUGUUUCGGAGCGUGAAAGAAAUGUUUCCAAACUUCAAUAUGAGGCACAUUAUGUCCGACUACGAAAAGGGGCUGGUUCGGGCAGUGAAGGAAGAGUUUCCAGGCUCAACUAUGACUGGGUGUCUCUUCCAUAUAGACCAGGCCAUGUCAAAAAAGUGUGCUUCCCUGGGCUUGCGGCCGCUUUUAAAAGAAAAACCUGACGAUGCCGGCAAGACUGUGCGCAUGUGCAUGGCACUACCGUUCUUGCCGGCAGAGAAAAUUGAGCAAGGUUUUCAGGAGGUAAAGGCCAAGGCCGCAAGAGAGGAGUUCCACGCUCAAUUGAAGCCGUUUCUCGACUACGUCGAGAGAACGUGGAUUAAUGGGGUUGAUGGUGCUCAUAUGAGCGUAUACCGCAAGCAUCGGCGCACGAACAAUGAUCAGGAGUCCUACCAUCACACCUUGGUAAGCUCACUUGGGAAUCCUCACCGCAACGCCUGGAGCUGGGUCGGUGAGUAGAACUAGCGCUUUUA